GCUUCACAUACAGAUGACGCUGCAGGAUGACACUACGUUUGAGGAUUUGAGGCAGCGGAUCGAGAUGUAUGAGCAGGUGAGCCAACGAUGGUCCAGUGAUGGUGGCCUGCAGAUGAGUGUGAAGCCUUUGAUGGACCAAGGAGAUCAAGAGAUUGACGCC